UUUACAAAGUCAUUCAUUGUUUUUAAACAUUUUUGAAGAAACUUAUAGAGAGUUAGUUUCUUUAAUUUCUACUUUUAAUCAACUCUCGAUAGUAUAUAAACCCCAAGAAAAUUUAGAAAUUGAUAAUGACGAAAGUAAUUUACUAUCAAUUAAUAAUAGUGAAUUAGAAGAUAAUUUACUAUUAAUUAAUAGCGAUAAUAGCUCAAAUUUUAAUUUUGAUUCUGUACUAUCUAAAACACAAAUUGAUAUAUACCGUCAAAUUUAUAUGAAACAACCCUUUGAAGAUGAAAAAGAUGAUACAUUAAACUCUAUUAAAUUAGUCAAAAAACAACUAGAUAAUCAAGAAGAAGAAGCAUAUCUUCAUCGGCUUUCUACAAAUAAAUGUUGUACAAAUAAUUGCUUAACUAAAAUUAAUCAUAAUAAUGGAUUAAUAAAAUAUAAACAAAUUCGAAACUAUACAAAGGCUGAAUUAGAUGUAUUUUUACUUGCAAUGAUAGAA